UUCGUUCCUGAUAGUCUUCUACCUUGUGUCACAGCGAUAUGCACAACUGAAAUUUGCGCUGAAGAGCUGCGUAGUGACCUGCAGCUGAUGGGAGAAAGAUAAUUCCCUUGCACUGACAGUGUUCUGAUUAGACUUCUUCUUAGAUUUCUCAUUUUGAAGGAUGUGAAACAUGAAGUACUAGCUGCAGGAAGACAAAAUGAGUUUUCAGGUCCAAAAAUGAUGUCUCAACACUUCAAAAUUUAAAAAAUUGCGUGUGACUGUAAUGCGAUGUAGAAAUGCUGGCAAAGAAAUGCCACGUACCUUACAUAUUUCAGUAUUUUGAAUGCUAAUUUCGAGCUACCUCUGCAAAAAAUGGGGGUGGAGUUCUGGGGUUUUCUUUAUUUUGUGGGUUGUGACUUUUCAUUUUUUGGGGGCUGUUUUGAGUUUUCAAAAUUAGCCAGUAAUAUUACAUUCUGGAGCUCUCUUGUAGCAAUACACCUUCUGAUGAGCAAGCUUCUUUCUGUGUGUGUUUGUUUCCAGGAGAGUUUAUCUAGGUCUUUUGGUAGGUCAGGUAUUAUGGAAGUCUUGGAAAGGGAAAAGGGCAGAAUUUAUGGUGGUUUUCCCCCCCUCAGUGAGUGCUGGCCAUAGAGGAGGUUCCCCAGUGAAAGACAUUUAACAAACAUCAGCAGCCCCAUCGCAUUCGUCCCCGCAGUGCUGCUGCUGUCGUGUGAAGAAAUGCGUUCCUGCCAUAAAGCUCCUUGAGCUGGGAUGUGAGAGGUCUCACAGAGCCCCAGCCUACCUGUGAUUGUGAUCUCUGAGUAUUCACACACCAAUCUUUCAAGAGAUUGAGGAGCCAAGGAAGCCCAGGUUUUGCUCUUGUUACCCCCCAGCUCUUCAAAGCACGACCCCAAAGAAGCUCCCAUCCACUGUCGUGUCCUUCCUGCCCUUUGCUGUGGUGCCACUGGGCCCUGAGCAGGCACCCACCACCUGCUGAGCCAGAGACAGCCAUGGAAACAGCUCCUGGCCAGUUCCAGUCUCCUUUAGCUCCUCUAAUUCAGGAUUUAAAAGGUUUCUUUCCUGGUUUUGAUAACAGAUUAAAUCCAGAAAAUGGAAACUUUUAUUAUAGUUUUUCCCUACCAUUGCUCUAAUUUAAAUAAUGGAUAGACUGUGGCCAGCAUUUGAAAGAGAAGGAACAAUGUGCUGCACACCAUGAUAAAAAAAUCCAGGAACAUCACUGGACAUACUGUUUUCUGUUCUAUGGCACCCGUUAGUUCUCUUCACUCCCCUCUUCAUGGGUUUUAGAUGCAUAAGGACUGAAAAGAUUGACCAAAUUUUCUGAAAACUGUAAGCUUUGCAAUCUCCCAUUGCCCUCACUCUCUAUAAUUAUUUCAGCCCUAAAAUAUUCAGAUUUUCAGUAAGUUCCCAAUGAACGUUGGCAACUCUCUGGUGUACAUAAUGCAGGUUUCAAACAUAAGUAUUUAGAGUCUGCAGGAAAUAAUUUAAACCUUAAAUUCCAAUGCUUUUAUAAGGAUUUCUGAAAGAUUAUGAGAAAUAAUUUUGUGCAAACCCUGCAACCCAAGAGUUUAAAUAGCUGGAAAUUCUUUUUUUGAAAAUGACAGAAAGCAGCAGGGAAUAAAAUGCAUCUGAUUGUGGCAUAUUCUAUGAAAGGUUUUAGGUCUUAGCUAAUGCCCAGAAAAAAAUUGCUCUACUGAGUGUGAAAUUAGCCACAGACAGUUGCAAAUUUUCAACAGCUCAAACUCUUUAACAGAAUUCUACCUGAAGAAUCUUGCUGUCAGGAAAACUGUGCGUGCUGCAAACCAAUGUUAAUUUCUCCAGAGACAGAUUGGCUAGCUGGUGAAUUACAUACACAUUUGCAAAAAGGGUGCAUAUUUACAGUACGCUGGAGAACUAAAUAUUUAUAGUAUCUUUUCUCAAAAUAUGUAUUUGUUCAGCAUCUCCAGAAUUGAGAGACUUCUGAGAUAUUCAUAUAUUCUUUACAUUAUGAAUACAGAAAUGUUACUUCAUAGCAAUUUUAAAGUGUUUUAUUAACAUGCAUCUCAGUAUGCCUUAAGUACUGGUUUUUGGUCACCAAAUUUUGAAUGUGUCAGUGUAAAGAAUUCUUCAAGCUCAGCUUUUUAGUGUGCUUUGCACUUCAAGUAGUACUAACUACAACUGUGCAUUUAGAACAAACUCUCAUAGAUGAGUAAUGUUUCAUGCAACAUGUAGUCAUUUUCUUCAGUUGUUUUACGUUUGUGGUUUGCCCUAUUUCACAAAGAAAAAGGUCUCAAACCGUACUAUUAUGUCAUGUAUGAAAAAUCAGCGUGACAAGCUGACUUGUCAGAAGUUGUACAGUUCUCUCUGAAGUAGGAUCUUGUAAUCUCACAUAUCAAAGAAGUGCUUAUGCUUUUAGUCCUUUUUCAAACAGCAAACACAUCUUUGAUUUUUUCUACUCCAACAGUCAUUAUUCUUAAUAAUAUGGACUUGAAUGACUCAGAUCUCACUGAUGGAGGCAAUAUUCUAGUCCUAAUCAAUGUUUUUUACAUCUGCAUGUAAGUGUGGGCUAGUCUUUUCUGCAGGCAUGAUUAACAUCUACUGACACAAUUUUCUAAACCACAAAUAACCAGGAGAAUUAAGUAUGUGGGUAGUUUUAGUGAGAACUAUUCUCAGGCUCAAUUCUGUAUUAAGGGAAGUACCUUGUCAUGUUGAUCAUGAUUUCAUAAGUGUUGAUGAAUUGCACAAAAGUUUGCUGUUGAGGGUGUUGGGUUUUCAUUAUAAUAGCAGUUUUAUAUUUCAGAUUAGUAAGAAUGACCUGUAUUAAAGGCUCAUAGUUUAGAAUAAUUUAAGAGAAAUAGCCCACAUGCAAAUAAUCUGGAAGCACCCUGACUUCUUUUGAAAACAUUAUCUAGCAGAGUCUUUACAUUAACCAAGACAGAUAAGAGUUAUAGUACAAAAAACAUUCCUGAGCCUUGUCAGAACUACAUACCAGGGUCAUCUUAAAUCUUUAAAUAAGAAUUAUCAACAAAAUUAUGUUACAGAUGAGACUAGUAAUUACCAGGCUACUUUGGCUAAUAGAAUAAUAGAGGCUGCUUACUGUCUUUCCUUGCUCAUCCAUCCUGCUGUAUCAGACCUCUUGAGAAUGGUCACUCAGGUGAAGUUGCUCACCACUUCCCAUCUUAGUGUCUUGGUUAGUGUGUAAGAUCUGGGAGUUAAACUGGCCUGUGGAGUGGCUGUGGGCUGAAGGUUCUUUGGGGAGAAAGGUGCAGAGGCUCAGUACAGGUUGGUGUUUGUAUUCCCCAUCUCCCAAGCAUCCAGACAGAAUGGCUAAAGGCAAGAGGAGGAUUUGGCAAGGUAUUAACAGAACUGGAAUAAGUAACACAUGGAGAUUAACAUUAUUGUUAGCAUGUCUUCCCUGAAAUUUGGUGCAGUAAGGGAAAGGACAAACUGUUGCAGGAAUGGUCAGAAGGCUUGGAUAGAGAAGACUUUUUCUAAAAGAGAAUGCAUCUAUAUAAUUGCCAACAACAAAGACGUUACCAGGUGCUGCUGUGGCCAGCUUAUUAACCAACAUAUUCCACCUCCUCCAAGUAUAACAGCUAAUAAAAAUGAAGAAGAAACGAAGCAAGUGGAAGCUCAGCCAGAGAAAUGGUCUGUCAGUAAACACACCCAAGCAUACCCAACAGAUGCCUAUGGAAACCUGGAAUUCCAGGGAGGAGGACAUUCAAAUAAGGCCAUGUACAUCCGUGUGUCGUACGACACUAAACCAGAUUCUCUGCUGCAUCUCAUGGUGAAAGACUGGCAACUGGAACUGCCCAAACUCUUAAUCUCUGUCCAUGGAGGCCUCCAGAACUUUGAAAUGCAACCAAAAUUAAAGCAAGUGUUUGGAAAAGGUCUGAUAAAGGCUGCCAUGACCACAGGAGCUUGGAUUUUUACUGGUGGUGUUAGUACAGGUGUCAUUCGUCAUGUGGGAGAUGCCUUGAAAGAUCAUUCUUCCAAAUCCAGAGGACGAAUAUGUGCCAUAGGAAUUGCACCGUGGGGCAUUGUAGAAAACAAGGAAGAUCUAAUAGGAAAAGAUGUAACACGAGUUUACCAAACAAUGUCAAACCCCUUAAGUAAGCUCUCUGUGCUCAACAGUUCCCACACCCACUUCAUUCUGGCAGACAAUGGCACGUUAGGUAAAUAUGGAGCUGAAGUCAAGUUGCGGCGUCAGUUGGAAAAACACAUUUCCCUCCAGAAGAUUAACACACGACUGGGGCAAGGUGUUCCUGUAGUCGGGCUCAUAGUAGAAGGAGGUCCCAAUGUGAUCUCCAUUGUCUUGGAGUGUCUGCGGGAAGACCCCCCUCUCCCAGUGGUGAUCUGCGACGGCAGCGGGCGAGCGUCCGACAUUCUGUCAUUUGCACACAAGUAUUCAGAGGAAGGAGGGAUAAUAAAUGAAUCCCUUAGGGACCAGCUUCUAGUUACCAUCCAGAAAACCUUUAACUACAACAGGAAUCAAGCUCAUCAGCUGUUCGUCAUUCUUAUGGAGUGCAUGAAAAAAAAAGAACUUAUCACCGUGUUCCGCAUGGGCUCGGAAGGGCAGCACGACAUUGAGAUGUCCAUCCUAACUGCUCUCCUCAAAGGUACCAAUGCAUCUGCUCCAGACCAGCUCAGCCUGGCUUUGGCCUGGAAUCGUGUAGACAUUGCACGCAGCCAAAUCUUUGUGUUUGGACACCACUGGCCACCUUUAGGAAGCCUUACAGCUCCUGAUGGUACAGCUCCUGAGAAGGAAAAGAAAUCUCCAGCACCUCAGACUAAAGCAGGUAGAGGGAAAGGAAAAGGAAAGAAAAAGGGAGGAAAAGCAAAAGAAGAACCAGAAGAAGAAACAGACCCAAGAAAACUUGAACUCCUGAACUGGGUGAACUCCCUGGAGCAGGCUAUGCUGGAUGCGCUGGUCCUGGAUCGAGUGGACUUUGUGAAACUGCUCAUAGAGAAUGGAGUGAACAUGCAGCACUUCCUGACCAUUCCUCGCCUGGAGGAACUGUAUAAUACUAGACUGGGUCCACCAAAUACACUGCAUUUGCUAGUCAGAGAUGUGAAAAAGGGAAAUCUUCCACCAGAUUAUCAUAUCAGCCUAAUAGAUAUUGGUCUUGUCCUGGAAUAUCUCAUGGGCGGAGCCUAUCGCUGCAACUACACUCGGAAAAGCUUUCGCACUCUUUAUAAUAAUUUAUUUGGACCAAAAAGGCCAAAAGCUCUUAAACUACUGGGAAUGGAGGAUGAUGAGCCUCCCACCAAAGGGAAGAAGAAAAAGAAGAAAAAGGAGGAAGAGAUUGAUAUUGAUGUGGAUGACCCAGAAGUCAGCCGCUUUCAGUACCCCUUUCACGAGCUGAUGGUGUGGGCUGUGCUCAUGAAACGGCAGAAGAUGGCCCUGUUCCUUUGGCAACGAGGGGAGGAAUCCAUGGCCAAGGCACUCGUGGCUUGUAAACUCUACAAGUCUAUGGCCCAUGAGUCUUCAGAGAGUGAGCUGGUGGAUGACAUUUCUCAGGAUCUGGACAACAACUCAAAAGAUUUUGGCCAGCUGGCUGUUGAACUCUUAGAUCAGUCCUAUAAACACGAUGAGCAGAUUGCCAUGAAACUGCUGACAUAUGAACUGAAAAACUGGAGUAAUUCUACCUGCCUGAAGCUGGCUGUGGCAGCUAAACACAGGGACUUCAUUGCUCACACCUGCAGCCAGAUGCUCCUAACAGACAUGUGGAUGGGGCGGCUGCGCAUGCGGAAAAACCCCGGCCUUAAGGUUAUAAUGGGAAUUCUCUUCCCUCCCACCAUCCUUUUCCUGGAGUAUCGCAGUUACGAUGACUACUCCUACCAAACAUCAAAAGAAAAUGAGGAAGGCAAAGAAAAAGAGGAGGAAAAUGCGGAUGCAAAUGCAGAUACAGGCUCCCGAAAAGGGGAUGAAGAGAAUGGAAAGAAAAAACAACAGAGCCUCCCAAUUGGAACAAAGAUCUAUGAAUUCUAUAAUGCACCUAUUGUCAAAUUUUGGUUCUACACAAUAUCAUACCUUGGUUACUUGAUGUUAUUUAAUUACAUCAUCUUGGUGCGGAUGGAACGGUGGCCAUCAGUCCAGGAAUGGAUUGUCAUCUCCUACAUCGUGACUUUGGCUUUGGAGAAAGUCAGAGAGAUUUUAAUGUCAGAGCCUGGCAAGCUGAGCCAAAAAAUCAAAGUUUGGCUCCAGGAAUACUGGAACAUUACUGACCUGGUGGCUAUUUCAGUAUUUAUCAUAGGAGCAAUUCUUCGCCUGCAGAACCAGCCUUACAUGGGUUAUGGAAGAGUGAUUUACUGCGUAGAUAUAAUUUUCUGGUACAUUAGAGUACUAGAUAUCUUUGGUGUGAACAAAUAUCUGGGACCUUACGUCAUGAUGAUUGGAAAGAUGAUGAUUGACAUGCUGUACUUUGUGGUCAUCAUGCUUGUGGUUCUGAUGAGCUUUGGAGUAGCCCGGCAGGCUAUCCUGCACCCGGAUGAGGAGCCCUCCUGGAGACUGGCACGCAACAUCUUCUACAUGCCCUACUGGAUGAUCUACGGAGAGGUGUUCGCUGACCAGAUAGACCUCUAUGCCAUGGAAAUCAAUCCUCCUUGUGGGGACAAUCUUUAUGAUGAUGAUGGUAAACGCCUUCCUCCGUGCAUCCCAGGGGCCUGGCUCACUCCUGCUAUCAUGGCCUGUUACCUCUUGGUAGCAAAUAUCCUGUUGGUAAACCUGCUGAUUGCUGUCUUCAACAAUACCUUCUUUGAGGUAAAAUCAAUAUCCAACCAAGUCUGGAAGUUCCAGCGGUACCAGCUGAUCAUGACAUUCCAUGACAGACCUGUCCUGCCACCACCAAUGAUUAUCUUCAGCCACAUCUACAUCAUCAUCAAGCGGAUCUGCUGCCGCUGCAAGAAGGGUGAUGGAGACCAGGAUGAGCGUGACAGGGGACUGAAGUUAUUUCUGAAUGAUGAAGAGCUAAAAAAACUCUAUGAGUUUGAAGAGCAGUGUGUAGAAGAAUACUUCCAGGAGAAAGAGGAUGAGCAACAAUCAUCUAAUGAUGAACGCAUCAGAGUUACGUCUGAAAGAGUUGAAAAUAUGUCGAUGAGGCUAGAAGAAGUGAAUGAAAGAGAACAUUUUAUGAAAGCGUCUCUCCAGACAGUCGACCUGCGUCUGUCUCAGCUGGAGGAGCUCUCCGGUCGGAUGGUGAACGCUCUGGAGAAGCUGGCGGGCAUCGACAAGUCCGAGCUGACGUACUCGCGCUCGCGGGCUUCGUCAGAGUGUGAUGCCGCCUAUCUCCUGAGGCAGAGCAGUGUCAACAGCUCUGAUGGCUACAGCAUGUACAAAUACCACAUCAGUGGUGAUGAGCUGACCUACGAUGACAGCACCACCCCUAUGUCACCAGCCAUGCGUAAAAAAGCCCACUCUAUUGGUACCAAAGAAGACGGAGCAGACCCGAGGAUGCUGGUCCCAGAACACCAAACUGGACUCCAUACCUCGAGUCCUAAUGCAGUUGCUACAGCAGAUCACAGUAAAUCUACAUCAGAACUUGCACAGAAUGUUUCCAGAGCCCAUUCUGGUUCAGGUGGUUUGGGGAGUGAAAAGCAGGGGGUUUUCAGUAGCGAUGGAAUGAUUCCUCAAAGUGUAAACCAGAUGAAUGCUGUUACGAACAGUCAGUCAGUAGCAGGACCAGAUUUUCAGAACACUCAGUUAAAAGUAGAACGUACCAAGUUAGAAGCAACCAUCUCUUACCCCUUGGACAAAUCCAACGCAAUGCGCUAUUUUCCUCCUGAAGCUUUCAGUGCUUGUCAAACCACUAUGAUGAAGUCAAGGAGCUUUAUAUUUGCACAAGGUGGAAAGCUGGUUGGAGGAGUUAACAACUGGACCUCGGAGUACAGUACCAUUAUGGAUCAGGUGUGCCCUUCUGCAAUUGAACAGUGGGCCACAGAGUGGAAAUACGAAGUUGAGCAGCAGCUUUCUCAAGAGCGUCCUCCAGAAUACCCCGGGUUGAUCUCUGAAGCAGAAAGGCAAGCGGAGGAGAAGCAGAUGGACACAGAUGAUGAUAGUAAUGUUGGUGAAACAGGUAUGAGUGCCUCUUACACCUCUAUGCCUGCCCCUGUCAAGGCUGAGAAGGAGAAUUUCCUGUCAGCAAAGCCAGAACGGACUCCUGGGUUCCCAUCAGUACGCUCCAAGAGUUUGCACAGCCAUUCCCGGAAAGCCAAGUCAGUGAAGGACAAAUUAAAUAGACCAGGACAUGCCAGCAGUGUAACUAAUUUGGUGGUAGCGUUUGGCAGUGCAACAGAAGAACAGAAAACCAGGCAAGAAAAUGCAUCCACCGAAACUGAAUGUUAAAGUGGCUUAUGGCCCCUGUUUUACCAACAGCUGAGAAAGCAGAGUGAUUAAUUGAACAAAUUAGGGAUUUUAAAAUUAAUUUCUAAAGAAGAAUUGUGAAUAUAUGUAUUUCUCUUCUUUUAAACUUAAUAGAUACAUGUUCUGUUCUUAAAUAAAUGCUUGCUGGGUUGGGUGAAAGGGAGAUGUUCUCUCAGAGGCAGGUAGAAAGUAGGUACAGUCCACGGAUGCCGACUACAUAGAUAUUCCUUUGUUCCAUUUCAGCCUCCCUCGUACACUCAUUUACUGACAAGCUCAUGAUAAAAGCUCUUAGAGUAAGAGCAAUAUUGUAAUGUAAUAAUUUUAUCAGAAGAUUUCUCAAACUGAACAAAUUUUUAACCAGCCUUUAAGUUUUAUCCUUACUUAUGCAGCUGGUUUCUUUGUAGCCAUGGUGUUUUUCAGAUCAAAACAAAGUUGUUGGAGGCAAGGCAAAAUUAUGCAGUCCCCUCUUUCACUUCUGUUUCCAUGGAUGCUUCUUAGCUUCUCUUUCCGAAUGGCAUGACAUGGCAGUUCUCAUCCAAUAAAAUAGGUUAGAGUGGCAAAAUACAGUUGUGUUUGGAGAAAUCUGACCUGGAAAGCCACGUGUAGAUGUAUUCUUAAUCUGUCCUUGAACUUUAGUGGCAUAAUCUUGCUUUCAGAAUCACAUCUGUCCCCAACCCAAAGCAUGCUGACAGCCUUAAACUGUUGAAAAACAGUGAUCAUUGUUUCAAAAUGUUUAGGGACAUUCUAAUAAUAUCAAGUAGAUAGAUAUUUUAAUAAUAGAAAUCCAAGAUCUGCAUUAGUGCUUUGUAAAAAUGAGGAUGACAACCGAAGUCCAUGUAGACGUAGAAUAAGAUUCUGACUUUUCUUAGACGUUUGCGAGGGAAAACAAAUGAAAACAGAACAGGAAAGAACAGAACCUGUUCUGGUCAGGUGAGAUCAAAAUACAGCUGAUCUUUGCUUGAAACAAAUCUACUGUGACAAAUUCAUCUUCCAUUUUGCAAUUUCAUUAUGACACGUGAGGAACAAGGAAAAUUUUUCUAGGAGUCUAUCUAAACAAAAUGUAGAUUUUCCAGAUGAGAAUGGAAAUUCUGUGCAUUUUCUUGAGUAAAUUUCAGAAACAAAUGUCAAAGAAGAAAAAAAAGACUCUACAGCAAAAGUGUUUUGAAGACUAAGAGUGGAAAUCAACAUUCAUGGUUAGGUGUAUCCAGAGCACUUGUCUCUGCAGUGGCAUUCUGAGUACCAGGUUUUGAUAAUUUUCUUCAUAAUAACAGGGUGUUACUUGGGUCAUUCUUCCCUGUUAAGUUUUAGGAACUUUGAUUUCCCAAAUAUUCAGCACCUCUCUUCGCAGGGGAUGCUUACCACUGAGCAAUUUUGAAAAUUAGUUAAAGGCAAAAUACUGGUCAAAGGUUUAUGCUUAACUCAUUAUCCAUCAGAACUCAUUCAUAUGCUAUUUUGAAAAGAUGUCAUUUCUUUUUUCACUCACCAUCAGCCCCACAGUGCAGGUCUCAAUGUCCUCCUUGACAAUGACGCUUACAGCAUUUUGACAUGCAGAGAUUGAUGGAUUGACUCUAUAAAUGCAUUAAUGGUAUCUGAUUUGUAUUGUUUGCAUUAUAUUUUCAUACUCCUGAAGUACUGUUACCAGACUGAACAAUCAUGGAAAGGGCACAGACAUUUCACAAAGUUCAGUCAUCAUUUCUUUUGGAUUUUUGCUAUCUUGGUUCUUACCAGCGGGUUUACUGGUUUCACUGCUGUUGGAACAGCGUUGGUAUUUUGCUUUUUAUGUGGGCUUCUCCAACUUAGGGAACUUGACAUUUUGUAAAAACAGAAUGACAUUUGAAAUUGUUUCACUUCCAUGUUUACUUCUGUGUUACCAUUCUGUGCAACUACAUAGCCAUUGUGUAUACGUGGUUAAAGUAGCCUCCAGUUUGCCAAUGCCUUUUUAUUGUUUGCCUGCACGUUCACCAGAAAUGGAUUCGUUAACAAACACAAAGGGAUGCAGCUUUUCAGCACUGUGCUAAACAAGCAGUAUGCAUUGUGGAAUGGAAUAGAGUGUGUUGCAUACCUCUUGUUACAUUGUUUUUACAAAAUGUGUGUUAAUCAUGCUUUUGACCACUUCAUUUUUUUCAGCAUUUACAUUGAAAAUUUAUCUGAUAGCAUGUAGAUUUCAAACAAAAAUCUUUUACCUUUGUAUUUAUAUACUUCCUUUGUGUAAAAAUAUUUAUAAAGAAACAUAUGAAAAAUAUG